AUGGCUCUAGAACGUCAAGUCCGCGCCAAGGUUCUGGCUAAACGUGACCCGCAACAAGAGAAAGAAGCUCAAGAAUGGAUUGAAGCAAUCCUUGGAAAAAAAUUCCCAGCUGGCGAAGCCUACGAAGAUGUUCUUCGUGACGGACAAGUCCUUUGUGAACUUAUGAACAAACUUGUUCCUGGAGCUAUUCCUAAAAUAAAUACUUCUGGUGGACAAUUCAAAUUGAUGGAAAACAUCAACAACUUCCAAAAGGCUAUGAAAGAAUACGGUGUCCAUGAUGUUGAUGUUUUCCAAACAUCAGAUUUGUUUGAGAAGAAAGAUAUCGCCCAGGUUACAACUUCACUUUUCGCCCUUGGUCGCACUACUUACUUACACCCAGAAUGGAAAGGACCUUACCUAGGACCCAAACCCUCUGAAGAAUGCAAGCGCGACUUUUCUGAAGAAACUUUACGCGCUGGACAGACAAUCGUUGGAUUACAAGCUGGAUCAAACAAAGGCGCUAGCCAAGCUGGACAAAACAUGGGUGCUGGACGUAAAAUCAUUCUCGGAAAGUAA